AUGAGGAGGGAUAAUCAGAGCAGAGUGUCCGAAUUCCUCCUCCAAGGGCUCCCCAUCCAGCCGGAGCAGCAGGGCAUAUACUACACUCUGUUCCUGGGCAUAUACCUCACCACUGUGCUGGGGAACCUGCUCAUCAUCCUGCUCAUCAGGCUGGACUCUCGCCUCCACACCCCCAUGUACUUCUUCCUCAGCCACUUGGCCUUCACCGACAUCUCUUUCUCAUCAGUCACAGCACCAAAGAUGCUUAUGAGCAUGCAAACACAGAGUCAAUCCAUCUCAUAUGCUGGGUGCAUUUCUCAGGUGUAUUUUUUCUUAUUUUUUGGUGAUAUUGACAGCUUCCUUCUCACCUCAAUGGCCUAUGACAGGUAUGUGGCCAUUUGUUACCCUCUCCACUAUACCACCAUCAUGAGUCAAAGGCUGUGUUUCCCCCUAGUAAUUGUGUCCUGGGUCUUAUCCUUUGCCAUUGCUCUACUACACACCUUGCUCUUGAAGACUAAGAUGAGGAGGGAUAAUCAGACCUGUGUGUCUGAAUUCCUCCUCAUAGGGCUCCCUAUCCAGCUGGAGCAGCAGGGCAUGUUCUUCAUCUUGUUCCUGGGCUUGUACCUCACCACUGUGCUGGGGAACCUGCUCAUCAUCCUGCUCAUCAGGCUGGACUCUCGUCUCCACACCCCCAUGUACUUCUUUCUCAGCCACUUGGCCUUCACUGAUGUCUCUUUCUCAUCAGUCACAGCACCAAAGCUGCUGAUGAACAUGCAGACACAAAGUCAAUCCACCUCAUAUGCUGGGUGCAUUUCUCAGGUGUAUUUUUCCAUAUUCUUUUUUGAUAUUGACAGCUUCCUUCUCACCUCAAUGGCCUAUGACAGGUACGUGGCCAUUUGUCACCCACUCCACUAUACCACCAUCAUGAGUCAGAACCUGUGUUUCCUGCUAGCAAUUGUGUCCUGGGUCUUAUCCUUUGCCAGUGCUCUAUUGCACACCCUGCUCCUGGCCCGUCUGUCCUUCUGUGGAGACAAUAUUCUCCUCCACUUCUUUUGUGACCUCUCUGCCUUACUUAAGCUGUCCAGCUCAGACACUUCAACCAAUGAGCUGCUUAUUCUUACUGCAGGGGGGGUGUUCCUUACCGUUCCGUUCAUGUGUAUCCUGAUCUCUUACGGCCACAUUGGGUUCACCAUCCUGAGAGUCCCUUCGACCAAAAGGAUCUACAAAGCCUUGUCCACUUGUGGCUCCCACCUCUCUGUCGUGUCUCUGUACUAUGGGGCAAUUAUUGAAUUGUACAUUUUCCCCUCAUCCAGUGAUUCCAAUGGCAAGGAUGUCAUUGUAGCUGUAUUUUACACUCUGGUCACUCCCAUGCUAAAUCCCAUUAUCUACAGUCUGAGAAAUCGGGACAUGAAAAGAGCUCUAGGAAAGAUACUCUGUAGAGGAAAUUUUUCACCAUAA